AUGGGAUCUGAUACGCCUAAUAAGUUACUAGGUUUAGGUUGGCUUCCAACUUCCGAUGAACUCUGUUUCCCGAUUGAUUCACUUGCUUCUGCCGGAAAUACCAAGCGGGAUUUACUUUCAGUCAUUUCAAGGAUUUUUGAUCCUCUUGGUCUUUUGGCACCAUGUAUUAUUCGCAUGAAGGUGCUACUUCAAAAAUUGUGGUUAGCAAAGCUUUCAUGGGAUGAACCUCUAACUCCCGACAUAUAUAAACGUUGGAAUGAUCUCAUCAAAUCAUUACCACUUUUAAAUAACAUACGCGUUCCAAGACAUGUACUUUGUGAUCAUUUUCAGACUUUGGAAUUACAUCUGUUUAUGGACGCGUCUGAACGCGCGUAUGGCGCCUGCGUUUAUAUCCGGAGUGUCAAUGACAAUGGAGAAGUCACCGUACGUCUGUUGAUGGCUAAGAGUCGGGUAGCGCCACUCAAGCCUACCACAAUUCCAAGGCUGGAAUUGUGCGGCGCUGUGGCUGCAGCUCGUCUCUAUGAGAGAGACUGCACGCCGCUAACCCCUGGUCACUUCAUUAUUGGACGACCGCUUACAGCUAUACCAGAGCGAGAUUUUCAGCAUCAAUCCAUUCGUCAGUUAACGCGUUUUCAACGAAUCGAACAACUUCGCCAGCACUUUUGGACUCGUUGGAGUAAGGAGUUUGUUGCAGAAUUGCAACAGCGAAUCAAGUGGCGUUCUUGCAAGGAUUCUCUGAAGCUGGGCACUUUGGUUGUGGUGAAAGAGGAAAACCUCCCACCGUUAAAGUGGAGGCUGGGCAGAGUCAUUGACGUGCAUCCUGGCCCUGACGGAAUUGUUCGUGUUGCCGAUCUCAAGACAUCUGCAGGAGUUAUAAGAAGAUCUUUCAGCAAGAUUUGCCCUCUGCCUGUGAAUUGUGGUUCUGGUUGAAAGCCAUCGUCUUUCAA